AUGAGCAUGACGGUGCCCUCCUCACUCUCUUCCGCGUCAGUGCCGCCCAGCUCGUGCCCCAAAGCCGCCUACUGCCUGCAGCAAGCGCAGGCAGCCAAGACGGCGGGUAACGCCGCGCUGCAAGCCGGCAACCCACGUGGCGCCUCCUUCCAGUACAAGAAGGUAUACCUCCACCUCGCCGAGUACCUGCCAUGUGAUGUGGUCCAGUCAGCCUCCCCCGUUGCUCUGGGAUACGCCAAUGGCGGCGGCAGCGACGCGGAUGGCAACGGCGGGCUCGUGCAGAUGCUACAGGAAGAGCAACGCCGCAAGCAACCAAAGAAAGCGGCGGCGGUCAGUGGGAACGAAUCGCCAUCUACGACGACUGCAACGGCCUCAGCGGAGGCAGCGCUGCUCGAGCUCCAAGCGCAAGUGACGCAGCUGUACGCCACCACUCUCAACAACCUUGUGCUGGCCAACAUGAAGCUAGGACGUUACCAAGAGGGAGUUAAAUGUGCAACCGCCGUGCUAGAGCAACCUACGCUGCGAGCCGCCCUCGAUGCCGGCGCGCAAAGCCGCGCCUCAGCUCACUUUAGCGACACCCCGGCUGGCAAGGCGCUGCUGCGUCGCGCCACCUGCUACGUAAAGCUUUCCGACUGGGCUUUGGCUGAGGCAGAUAUAUGUACGCUGAAAGCAGCAGCAGCAGCAGCCUCAGGAGGAGGAGCAGCUCAUCCUGCCGGGGGCAGUGAUGCUCUUGAUGCGGCGGUGCUGCAGUUGACGCACGCCGUGGAGCAAGGUCGCCAGGCGGAGGUGGCGAAGGAGAAGAGAAUGAUGCGGCGCAUGUUCGCGUAA